AUGGAUGGGAUAACAGUGGCGCAACGAAGGAGGAAACGAUUAGAUGGGCUCAUCACCUUAGGAGUAAGCGAUACUGUCGCUUUUAUUCAAGAACUCACUGACACGUUGCAAGGAGCAACGAGCAGCCGCGAAUGUCUGGAGCGUAACAAAACAGCUCUGUAUCAAUGGGUACAUAAGACGUCCAAUGUGAAGCUACGUAAGAAAGAUGUCAUGGUUUUACACUACAGGGUUGCCAGCAUGCUGGAUAUGCUAUCACCGCAGGAUACUGCAAGGCUGGCGUCUGCAAUCGUCCAUCUGGACAGACGUCUAGCUCUGUUAUACAGCCCCUUGGUGGACCAAUAUUGUGACAUGUUGGAACAAGGCUUAGAAGGAGCUGAGGAUGACACUGAAAUGCUAGUGUCAACAGCCCUAAUGCUAACCAGCAUAGAGAUUAUGAUCAGGGUUCAAUCGCAACAAGACAAAUCUAUACAAGGCUCUGGUAGUCGUUACAGGGUCAAGCCUCAGGGACGUGAAAGCUGUGAAAUGCCACAGAUAGAACAGGGUUACGCGGCAGGCAACAAUCUAUUCGAUCCCGCAGACAGUAGUCAAGCACCGCACCAAUGCAUGUAUGAUGACAACAUAGCUGAUGAUGAAGCAUAUAUUUUCAAGCAAGCAUUGCGCUGUGGACAAUUAAUCGCAAGUAGAUUGGCUCGGUACUUAGAAGAGGUUGAGACGGUUGAUCUAGAGCUCAUGAUUUUGCUGGCGCAGGUCUUGGGAAACAUCAGCAUACCCGUGGCCACGGUAUCUGAAACUGUAUUUAGAAAAAUAGAUGUUAAUGCCGUGAACGAAACGCAAUUAUGCGAGUUCAUAUACGCUUGCGCAUUGGCCAUGGAUAUCCACAAGGUAGACAUAGAGGAUGUUAUGGACGAAUGCAUGGCCAAGUUGUCGAAACGCUCUAUUCACAAUGAUUUAGCACUGGAUACCAGUGGGAUAGCGAAGGCUUUCCAUGCUUUCUACCUAACUGGUAAAUUAGAUGCUGAGCUCAUGGGUACUUUGGCAAACCAUAUAUUGUCAAAUAAGGUGACAUUUGAAAACAAUGCCGAUUUUUACCGUAUAGCUAUACCGCUUGCAAUAAUCGGGCAGCUUUCCAGCCAAGACAUUUGCCAGUGGGUAUUGACCCAACUAGCGUCAAACGUCGAAGAGCUCAGCAAGGACAGAUCACACUUCCUAUUCCUUCUGACAAGCAUCGCCAACAAUAUCCGAGUCGUUUGGAAGCCUCGCAGUAAAUUGCCGCUACAUGCAGUAGCACUGGAAACUGAUAUAUAUGAAAAAGCUGAGAUGUUUCUAAGACAGCAAGAUGGAGAAAAAAAUUAUUUCCCCAGUACAAGAGCUGCAGUGUUACAUUUGAUAGAAACAGCAAACUCAUUUAUCAAGACCAGCAGUAGCGAUGAGUUCGUACAGAUAUUGUUGCUCAAUUGUGUGAGGAAUUUCAAGCCAGAUUCAAGGGUUAGGUUCGAGCUUCUCAACGAAUGCAAGAGGAGGGUGAACGAAAUUACCUGUGGAGGGAUUCCACAGGUACUCCAGACACUCUUCACACUAUUCUCGCCGAAUGCACCGGAACUCAUAGAAGCUCUGACAAUCUACCUAGAUCGUGUGUUGGCAGAAAUUACAACAUACAAUAGUGCCAGCACAAAACAAAUAGAUGGAUCACGAUUGUUCUCUCUGACGUUCAUGCAAGAUAUUAACCUAUUGGGAAAUGUACUCUCCGUAUUUGAUAGGUGUAACCUUAAUAGAGGGGACCUAGCAGCACAGGUUAUCGAAAUGCUAGAACGUUCGAGUUUCCAACAGCUGGAAACCGCCGAAAAUCAGACUCUAAUAGAUGUUUUACACUACUUGGCAUUUUCCCUAGACCAACAUGAUGCCAUAGAUGUCAUAGCGAUAUUGUUGCAGCGAAGGCUACAGCAAGGUACCGAAUUCUCAGCUGGACAACUGGCAGCUAUAGCGGAGUGCUUCAUAGCAGCGCCGAUGGCAUUGAACCCACUUAGACACAAGGGUCUCACAGAAGUAAUACGCCAAAAGGCAACCGAAUCUAAAGGAGAAGUCAAGGCACUAAAGAAGAUACUUAGUAAAGUUGGAUAA